GGAAAAAUUGAUUUUGUGUCGACUCCAGCCACUGACACUGAGGAUUGGGAAUGAGGAUCACAAAACACUCCAAGCACAAAAGCUGAGCUUCUUUUUGCUUGAAGAAAUACAGAGAAAUCAUUCUCCUCCACAAUUCACCAUUUCCAUUUUCUCUUCUACUUUCUUCAUACUCAUUUCAAUGCCUCAUCACUCGACAAGCAAAUGAAAACCAUUAUUUCUUCUUCUUCUACCUAUGAUUCCUCUCAGAUUCUGUUUCCUCAGCUCUGCCCUUGUAACAAUUCAACCCACACCUAUCCUUCAAUCUCUUCCUGCAAGAGAAGGAGGAAAAAACUUCACCCAAAAUUUUCCCGCCCCAAGUUCUCUGUUCGUGCUUGUAUAUUUCCCACCAAUGACAGCCGCAAUCACAAUGCCAAUUCUAUCAGACUAGCAACACGAAUUCGAAACAUUCUUUUCAAACAAAUUGCUAAUGAAUUGGAGAAACAAGAAGAUGGUUUGCAAGAGAAUUCUUCAUCAUCAUCAUUGUCUUCGUCCAUCCAAAUGGGUUCAAAUUUCACUGGUUUUCAAGAAGAUCCCAUGCUAGAUAAGUUAAGGACUCAGUUAGGAGUCUUACACCCUAUUCCAUCUCCUCCAAUUAAUCGAAACAUUGUUGGGUUUUUUGUCUUCUUCUUCUUUGUUGGAGUAGUUUUCGAUAAGUUAUGGACGUCCAGGAAGACGGCUAAGAUGGUCAGUGGAGGUGGGCAGCGUGGACCCUGGCCGCAAGUUCCCACAAGUUUUUCGUUGUUCUUGGAAAAGGAUUUGCAGAGGAAGGAGUCAGUGGAGUGGGUGAAUAUGGUGUUGGGGAAAUUAUGGAAGGUGUAUAGACCUGGGAUUGAGAACUGGAUUAUUGGGUUGCUGCAGCCUGUCAUUGAUAAUCUGAAGAAGCCUGAUAAUGUGGAGAGAGUUGAGAUUAGGCAAUUCUCCUUGGGAGACGAGCCAUUGUCAGUCAGGAAUGUUGAGCGCAGAACAUCACGCCGUGUCAACGACUUGCAGUACCAGAUAGGCCUUCGAUAUACUGGUGGUGCUCGCGUGCUGCUGAUGCUUUCACUAAAAUUUGGCAUUAUCCCCAUUGUUGUACCAGUUGGCAUCCGAGAUUUUGACAUAGAUGGUGAGCUAUGGGUCAAAGUGCGGUUGAUACCGACUGAGCCUUGGGUGGGAGCUGUUUCUUGGGCUUUUGUCUCCCUUCCAAAGAUCAAAUUUGAAUUAUCACCAUUCCGCUUGUUUAAUUUGAUGGCAAUACCUGUUCUCUCAAUGUUUUUAACAAAACUUCUUACUGAGGAUUUGCCUCGACUAUUUGUUCGUCCAAAGAAGAUUGUCUUGGAUUUUCAAAAAGGGAAAGCAGUUGGCCCUGUUGGAAAUGAUUUCAAAACAGGAGAAAUGCAAGAGGGCAACAGUGAUUUUGUGGGAGAGCUAUCAGUUACUCUCGUAGAUGCUCAGAAACUUUCCUAUGUGUUCUAUGGUAAAACAGAUCCAUUUGUUGUUCUAAGCCUGGGAGAUCAAACCAUACGCAGUAAAAAGAACAGUCAAACCACUGUCAUUGGGCCUCCUGGUCAGCCGAUUUGGAAUCAGGACUUUCAUAUGCUUGUUGCAAAUCCUAGGAAACAAAAGUUGUACAUCCAAGUGAAAGACUCCCUUGGAUUUACAGAUUUGACUAUUGGUAGAGGAGAGGUUGAUCUAGGAUCUCUCCAAGACACUGUACCAACAGACAGGAUUGUAGUUUUACGUGGAGGUUGGGGUCCGUUCAGAAAGGGGUCUUAUGGAGAAAUACUUCUUCGACUGACAUAUAAAGCAUACGUAGAGGAUGAAGAUGAUGACAAGACAGCAGUGGAGUCCAUUGACACAGAUGCUUCAGAUGACGAGUUGUCUGAUUCUGAAGAAUCAAAUGCUACUUUCAAGUCAACUGGAACAGAUCCAUAUGGUGGAUCAGAUAAAGAGUCAUUUAUGGAUGUGCUAGCAGCUUUAAUUGUCAGUGAAGAAUUUCAAGGGAUCGUGGCAUCUGAGGCAGGAAGCAACAAAGUUCUGGAUGGUGUCUCACCUGCAGCAUCACGUGGUCCUAAUGCUGAAUCAAUCCCUUCUGAUCCCAACAACAGUUCUGAAGGUUCAGGAGGAUCAGUUGUAGUUUGGCUUGCUGUGCUUACAAGCAUUUUAGUGGUAAUAGCAGUCAAUAUGGAUGGCACAAGUUUCUUCAACCCUUGAUAUGACAUUGAAAGGCUUGCAAAGAGUUGCUUUUAGUUCUCUUUAAAAAAUAGAUAAAAUACCUUUUACUCCGGCAAGUAUGGAAAGGAUCCAUUUGAUUCAGUUAAGCAGGGGACAAAAUUUUAAAUGGGAAUGUUGUAUUCCCAUGCUUGAAGUUGGUAAUAUGAGGGGGAAUGAGUUCCCCUCAUGUGAGGUUGUGCAGGCGAGGCCCCGUCCUCACAUGAUAUGAUUGGAUUCUUACUGUGCAUUGUAAUUAGUAGAGCAAUAUUCUUUUGCCCACAAAAAAUUUUGACUUUCAUUACAAGUCUUGAUCAUCUAAUUAGGUUUUAUUUGUUGGGUAUUAUUUAUUGUAAAUGUGAAGUGAGACCAUUCACCCUGUUCUUAAGCAAGUAGUAAACUGGCACAAUAAAUUAUUCAAUACAUUUUUAUAUGUAAAA